AUGCAAGUUUUGGUGUAUUGUUCAAAACAUUUUUGUGCCGAGAAAAUGCAUGCAGUCACGCUAAUUCUCCUACUUACUCUUGUGCCUUUGGUGUAUAGUAACAAAUAUGAAAACAUACCAGAUUAUGCUUUGAAGCUGGAAGAACGAAUUGAAAAACAUGGAUACCCAGUAGAAAUUCAUCAAAUAAUAACCGAAGAUGGAUAUAUUCUUGGAGCCUAUAGAAUACCUCAUGGUGUAAAAAAAGAAGAACCCGAAAACAGGAAUAAAAGCGCAGUUUUAAUAGUCCAUGGAAUGGGUGGUGCGCCACAUAAUUUUCUUGUUUUAGGCAAAGAAAGGGCAGCACCUUAUUAUUUCGCUGAUAGAGGCAUAGACGUGUGGCUAUUUGCAGCUAGAGCUAGUGAAACUCCUUUCAAAAAGCACAUAGAACUAGAUUGGGAUAAAGAUCCCGAGUUUUGGGCGCACAGUUUUCAUGAAAUAGGAAUAUACGAUGUGGCAGCUACAAUUGAUUAUAUUUUGAAUUGUACUGGGCAAGAAAAAGUUACUCUAAUUGGGCAUUCUGCAGGAGGUACUGAGUUUUAUGUUUUGUUGGCCGAUAGACCUGAGUACAAUCAGAAAGUUAAGGUAACAAUCGGCUGGGGUGCUGCUCCUAUAUUGCACCGUAUGGAUUAUCCAGUGAUGCUUCUUGGUAUAUAUUUAGACGAUUUUAUAAAAUUUUUAUUUAGUUUAUUUGCAAGACACGAAGUGCUUCCCGGAUUCAUUGCAGAUACUAAGUCCUCUAUGAUUGAUUAUUAUUUGCAAAGACACCCAUUAUGGUAUAACGUUCUUAAAUUUAGCUUAGCCGGUAUUGGUAGUCACAAUUCUAUAUUGGCCCGGUAUGAUGAGUAUAAUCCUAUAAUUAUCAGCAACAUACCGAGAAUGUCUGGUAGGCAACUUCUUCAUUUUUUGGAUAAUGUUAAAACUGGUACUUUCAAGAAAUACGAUUAUGGUCCUAAAGGUAACCUCAAACGGUACGGCCAAAAAGAACCACCUCAUUACAAUAUAUCAGCUAUUACUGCUCCUGCUGCCUUCUUUAAUAGUGGUCUUGAUGGCGAAAUAUCUUUAGCGGACGUCUGCGAAUCUAUUCGGAGGUUACCCAAUCCCAUGUUCCUACACAGAAUACCAUUUCAUAGGUUCACUCAUACGGAUUAUAUUUUCGGUUACAAUGCCACAGAAUUGGUUUAUGAGCCGACGUUGCAGUUGAUUCGGAAAAUUGAUAAUGGCGUUGUUUUUCCACGUGUUAAAGUACCAUCUGAUUAUUAA